CAAGACUUGGCUAUUAGUCUCACUCCAAUGUUACCGUGUCUGCCUUCAUAUUAUCUGUGUCACUAUGGCUACUCGCCUCUCAGGACUAAAUCUGAGGAUACAUUCAGGAAAACAAACAAGAGGAGAAUGAUGUUAGAUAUUCAAGGUAAAUGCUGAUCUGGAUAAGACCUACCGACAUCUACAGCGUAACCAUAAUGCAGCGUCCACAUGAAAUCGAUCAUUACAACCGAGCUAAGCUGCUUAUGAGAGGACCUUCAGAGAACUGUACCACCAAUCCCCCUCGCCUUGGUCCCCCACACACCCUGGAGGAUAACCUGUUCCUCUUCACUGCUCGACCUGUGUCCCACCCUUAAUCCUCCCCUGGACUUAAAGGAAAACUCACACAGGACAUAUAAACAAUGGCUUUCUUGAAAUUGACGUUCAGCAAGAACAAGAGGGACAAGCUGGCCCAGGUGCUAUGGAUCCUGAACUGGAUCUCAGUGGUUACAGGGGUCCUCCUGUUCAGCCUAGGGCUCUUUCUCAAGGUGGAGAUCAACAAGCGGGUAGAGCUGAUGGCUGAGAGGGACAUCCAAUAUGUGCCCAACAUGCUGAUUGCCGUUGGCCUCAUCGCCUGUGCCAUAAACUUCCUAGGUGGGAAGAUAUGCUACGACUGUGUGGACACCAGCAAGUUCUUGCGCUGGAAGCUCAUCUUGCUGCCAUACAUAACGUGCACCUUCUUCUUCACCUUCUGCGUGCUGGUGGGGGCUCUGAUGUGUUACAGCAUGCAUGGGGAGCUAGAGGAGUCUCUGAACCUGGGGCUGACAGAGGCCAUCAGGUUCUAUAAGGACACAGACACACCAGGACGAUGCUUCCUGAAGCGAACUGUGGACCUGUUGCAGAUAGAGUUCAAGUGCUGUGGGAACAAUGGCUAUAAGGACUGGUUUCAAAUCCAGUGGAUCAGCAACCGUUACCUGGAUAUGUCCAACAAAGAAGUGUUAGACCGAUUAAGAAGUAACGUGCAGGGGAAGUACCUGAUGGAUGGAGUCCCCUUCAGCUGCUGCAACAUCAACUCUCCCCGGCCCUGCAUCCAGCAGCAGAUCAGCAACAACUCCGCUCACUUCAACUACGAGCACCAGUCAGAGGAGCUGAACCUGUGGAUGAAAGGGUGUCGCCAGGCCCUGCUCGAGUACUACACCCACAUCGUGCAGUCCAUUGGCCUCACAGUCCUCAUCACCUGGCUGUUUGAGCUGUCAGUGUUGACAGGGGUUCGUUACCUCCAGACCUCCCUGGAAAAUGGGUUGAGACAGGGUGACCUGAACUCUGAGUCUGACGGCUGGCUGCUGGAAAACAGCUUAAUGGAAACUGCACGCAUCAACUUGAACAUAAUGAAGAACAUCGGCAAGUGCAACCAGAUAGACACAGCCAACAACGGAGACCCUAACAUUGACGUUCCAUCCACCUCUAUAGCACACUAUGGGCCGGACAAUGUGCCGCCAAAGGAAAUACCUGAGUCCAGUUGACCUUCAUCAGGCUGAAGGACACACAUGAAGGCCUUUAAAACGUUAUCUAAAGGUUUCUUUAUGUUGUUUUAAUACUUUUUUAUCCACGAGGCAAGAUUUACAGCUAAGAAAUACCUAUACAAUGUUGAGCGUGUGAAAACUGAAAUAUAUUGCAAGAAAUCAAUCAAUAUAUGUAUAAUACAUCUCUUAAUAUGACAGGGUAGAUCUUUUUCAAAUUGCAAAUAUGCCUUGUUGAAUAACCAAACUCUUUCUUUUUGAUACAGAGACCUAAACAUCCAUUUCACAUGAAAACUGUACAUCAUUUCUGGUCAUCUGUUGUUUACAAAUGACAUCUUUUUGUCUCUAUAUCACAGUUUAGCAACAGGUUCCCUCAACUGUCUCAUACACCUGUCAGCUGCAACACUGGAGGCAAAACUUCUAUGUGCUUCUGGCCUCAAGUUAAAUGGAGCUCAAGUACUUUCAAGUCAAUCUUUCCAGUUCUGGAUCUUAUCGGUGCAUAUUGUAGGACUCAAGCAAACAGAAUUGCACAAAUGUUAUAUUAGUACGCAUCUGCUUUUAGUUAAAAAAUGCAAACUCAGACACAAACCCAAUUGAAAACUCAUAACUUAUAACACCUAAUCCAUUUUGGAACAAUGACUAACGUGCCUCAGCAAUGCCACCAUGUUCUUAUAAACCCACCUCAGUUAUUUUUGCUGGGAUGUGUAACCAAAAGCUUGACAAUAAACCUUCGGAGCUAGAGAUUGUCAUUACUAUUGUUUUGUUAGGGCUCUAAAAACGGUACAUUGCAAACUAUGCUACCACGUCUUACUCAAUUUGAAUAAAUAUGCCUUCAACAUGUUAGCUAAUGUCGGCAGGAUUACAUUUUUUGGUCAAAUGAACAUUUCUGCCUUUUUUCCAAAAUUAAAGAUCACUAUUUAUUUAUUCUAUGGUGUGCUACAAGAAGGUUUCUAUUACCUUUAAUUAAAUCUUAUCCCGUAACACUUUAGAUUUUAUACACACGAGUGUAUUGAUUCAAGGCACAGAAGCAGUAAAUCAGUAUAUAGGCCAAUGUCUUUAUUUCCAUAGCCUGGAAGUCAUGAAGAACUGUCAAACAACACAGAGGAGGACAUUUUAUAUUCACACAUUUCCUGAAAAGGCUGAAUAAUGGAUGAGUAACAGAAAAUAAAUGAUAUACUAUCUUAUAUUGUGUUCAAUAUAAAGCUCAUUUCUUCCUAAAAAGAAAAUAUGUUUAUCUUAACUUAACUUCCAUUUGUAUAAAUUGGAUUACCACCACAUGGAUAAUUAUGACUAGCAAUGGUCCCCUUUAUAAGUUUCAUCAUUACAAAUUUACAGUGGAUAUCAGAUAAUAAGAAUCACUUUGACCUAAACCUUAUAUUUAUAAAAGGGCGUUUUAUAAUACCAUAUAUGGUAUGGAUGUUUUUAUAUUAUUGGCUCAUUAAUUCCCAAGGGGGAUGUGUGUCUGAAAUAUUCACAAAAACUUGUGUCUGCUUAUCAUUCAAUGAAUCUUUUUUGUCAGGAAACAAUGUGGGAACGUUACAUUAUCGUCAGAAUACUGAACUUAAAUACAACUUUGAAGAAAAGGUAUAUUCUAUAAAUGCUUUAUUCCUUACAUAUGCUCAUAUGUGUGAGUAAAGGUGACGGUAGGAUGUGGCUUCAUCAUUUGGACUGGUUACAUAAUUAAUGGGCAAAAGCAAAAAUGUGUGAUGUCUCUGAACAUGCCUGAUUUCCAAAUGAAUGUAUCUUUUUAAAUAGCAUUAUUCAACUAUUAUAACUUGUGACAAAUCAUAAUGUCUAACACCAAAAGAGAAUGCAGAAAAUUCACAGCAUCACCGAGGGAAGUCAAAUAUAUAAAUGGAUAACUGAAACAUGUUGGUGUGUAACUGAUGUUUGUCUU